AUUUACAUGGUUUCAAGUCAUCGAUUGGUCAUCAUCAAUUGAUUUAUGAAGAAUAUGGAGAUUAAACCCGAAAAUCUAUUAUCGGUUCGAGUUGCACGUGUCGUAUCACGAAAAACAGAUGUAAACAGCUUUAUAACAGCAGAUGAAUAUAAUCAUUAUUUUAGCAAUCCAACUAUCGAUAAUAUAAUUCUUCCUGAUCAAUAUAAAAAUGAUUGGAUCAUUGUUCCUAAUCCUUAUAAUACAAUAUAUCUUGGUGAAAUAUUCUCUUUGUUCAUUAAUUGUACGAAUGAUUCGAUUCAAGAAUUAAUGACCAAUGUUUCGGUUCGAAUCGAUAUGCAAAUCAAUAAUCGUGCUGUGGUUUUGAAAGAAUUAAAUAUUGAAAAAUUAGAUGCUAAAGCUAAUCUUGAUGAAAUACUUAGCUAUGAAAUCAAAGAACCACAUAUUCAUGUAUUAAUUUGUACGUUGAGUUUCGAUCUUCCUGACCAUGAACGACAAUCGUGUAGAAAAUUUUUUCAAUUCCAGAUUUCCAAACCAAUCGAUGUGAAGACAAAAUUUUACUAUACAGAAUGUGAUGAAAUUUAUUUGGAAGCAAUGUUUCAGAAUUCAACAAAUCUACCCAUUCAAUUGAAAAGUGUUCAAUUUGAUAGUGUUAAUUUUGAUGUAACAUCAUUGAAUUUUAAUCUUGAAUGCAAAGAUCAAUGGAUAUUUGGUGAAAUUAACCGCUUGAAUCCCAAUGAAUUACGACAAUAUUUAUUCGUAUUGACACCAAAGAAAGAUAUACGUUUUAAUCCAUCUAUAUUGAAAUCAGUCAAUACGAUUGGUAAAUUGGACAUUAUCUGGUAUUCAGGCAUCGGAGAAAAAGGUCAUAUUCAGACAUCACAAUUGGAACGAAACGCUACUGUCGAAAACAUUAAAGUUUAUAUUGAAGACAUUCCAACGCAAACUAAAUUGAAAGAGAUAUUUCGGAUAAAAUUCAGAAUCAUCAAUUUUAGUUCAAAAACAGUAGAGCCAUUGGUCAAUUAUGUUAAUGAUGAAAAUCAGAAUAUACUGUGGCUAGGUUUAUCAAGCAAAAAUUUAGGUGAAUUAAAACAAUCACAAUCGAUCGAAGUACAAAUGAAUCUUUAUCCAAUCAAAAUUGGAUUAUUCAGCAUACCGAUUAUAAAGAUAACUGAUAUGAUUACGCAGAAAAUCAUCGAAUUCAAAGAUCUGGCUUCAGUUAAUAUCAUUUGACCAAUAGGCAUCAUUUGUUAAUUGUUUUGGAAAAAAUGAAUAAAUUUUAUACUUUAAUGAAUAAAAAAUUGACAUUUACUCAAUCAAA